CAAUGUAGUUAUGGUGGUGAUCGUAAACGAUAUUUUCCUCGCAAAUUGUCGACAUUGUUUAUAUUACUGUGAUUGAAUAAUAACAUGGAAGCUCUAUGAAAUGGGACUCAUCACUAUAUAGUAGCUUUUCAGAGAAUUAGAGCUCUUGCGAAAUUUGAUUUGCCGUGACUUCAACAUGGAACCUGGUCACAGGAGACAGUGGCAAAAAGGAGAGUUUCCCAUGCCACCUCCUAAGGAACAACAGACAAGCAGUGUGAGGGAAGAUGUACCGGACAGAUACGAUAAAUACCUGCUGUUUCUUCAAAGGAAAAACAGAGUGUUGAAAAAGCUGAAGGCUAAGGAUGACCGACAAAUCCAGCUGGAGCAGAAAGAGCAAGGCUUCUCCCUGUACGUCAAUGGGGCUAAUCAGAAGCUUGGUCUGACAGGCCUUGUCAAGCACUCACCGAGGAGGCCCAGCUCCAAGAAGCCCAAAACAGCCGGAGAUGUUCCUCGUCGCCCAGUGAAGGGUCUCCAUGGUUACCAGGAGGAAGAUGAGAAGGAAGAUGCAAGCCGGGCCAAGACAGCACCCAGCAAGGUACAGAGGAAGAACUGGUUGCAGGAAUCCUUCGACAUCAAGACCAAUGAGGGAGAGAAGCUUCGGGUCAGGUCAAGGUGGGGCAGAGAUGAAGAUGAUGCAGAUUGUGACUAUGAAGAUGACUUUGAGAUGUACGAGAGCGUGAAAGCAUCCCUACCUCCGACCAACACAUCCCCUCCUCAACAGCAGGCCUGUGCAUCUUCCGAGGAGCAUCCUGAACAAGAGGACUAUGAUAAGAUUACGGAGAAUCUCACGCUGAUCCUUGAGGGACCCACAGAUGGGGACAGUGACGUGGAAAUAGAUGCUGGAGACUACAAGAAAACUGGUGUUGCCAGGGAGACUGAUGAGGAAGAUGAGGAGGAAGAUGAGGAGGAUACGAGCGACCAUCUUCUCCUGAGUAUUGAAGAUAUCAAGACAUUAAGACGGAGUUUAGAAGCAAAUGCUGACAUACGAAGGAGUAUCUCACACAAGUGUGAUGGUAGCCCCACUUCCUCAGAUGACGAGGGCGAAGAUGAUGUCAAUGAAGAUGAGACAGCCAGCAGCAUGGAAGCAAUGGAUGAGGUCAUUGAGGAGGACAUUAGCAUCUUGGCUGACAGUCUGGAGACAGGGCAGGAUGUUACGCUGGAGCCUGGCGAUAUGAUUGUCCUGGAGUUUGCAUCGUCCUCCAACAAAGGGCCAAGACAGCAGAAGAUGCUUUCAGCAAAAAGGAAACCAGAUGUGGAUGAGGUUACCAUGGCAACCAGACAAGCCAAAGAUGGAAGGAAGGUCGCUCAGCCAGACUCCAGCAAAACCUCAGAGCUGAGGGAACUUAGAACAACUUCAGCCCACUCCCCCAGCAGGCCCCUUUCAUCCCAGAGGAAGCGAUCCGAGAAGGACUGGCAGGUUACGGAGGACCUGUCAACCAUCCAGAGGGCCAUGAAGGCAGAGAACGAGGCAGCUGUCAGCAAAAAAGGAGCCAGUGGAGCCAGGAGUGCUCCCCUGCAGGCAUCGGCCAAGGUGUCACCAACACCACCUCAAACUGCAGAGCAGCCUUGCUCUUCCUCUGUUGCAUCUACGGCGAAACCUAUGGCCAGUACUGACGCUGCCUCGGCCGUCAUAUCUCCUCAAGAUCUGCUGUCGUCACAGAACCUUGAUGAACACAAGCUGGCUUUUGUACUGGACAGAGUCAAACAGAUGGAUGCAAGGUCACAGAGAAAACUGCUAGCAGCACUGGGCAAAGUGGAGGAAUCAGCCAGGGUAGGGGAUGAUGACAGCACCCCUAGCCACACCCCUAGCCACGAGGGUGGUCAGACAGUGGCCGAUGAUAAACCAUUGACUGCUGAGGGUGAUAUGGACAGAUCUGCGGUGUUUACUACACCUAUGCUGGCUCCGAGAGCAAAGAGUGCCGCUGUCACCAGAUCAAGUCAGUUAGCCCCGCCUUCCUCACCACUCACCACCACCGCUACCACCACCAUCCCGACCCUUGAGAUCACUUUAGAGGCCAGCAGCAACUGGGGUCAUCCCAACAGGAUCGGCCUGACCGAUGUUCAGUUCUUCGACCUGCAAGGAAAAAAGAUCACCUUGGGUGCCGGCCAAGUCAAGACAGCCCAAGCCCACGAGAACAUCAAGGGGGAAUUGGAGAACAUCGUCAAUGGCAAAGCCAAGACAACAAAGGAAAGGAACAUGUGGAGCUGUGCUUACUGCCGAGGUGAGGUCCUAAAACUGGUCUUCAGUAUUCCCACCGGGGAUACCCCAACAGCAGGCAUCUCAAGAAUCGACGUCUGGAACUUCAACAAGAGUCUGAAAGAAUUGAGUAUAGGUGUAAAGGAUGUUAACGUAUUCGUUGAUGGAUGUCUAUUGUGGGCGGGGCGGGUUGACAAAGGGUGUGGCAAUCAGGUCUUUGAUUACAUGACGCCCAUUGUCCUGAGUGACCCAAGGCCCAUCGAACCUAACCCGUCAGAGCCCCUCAAAAAGGAUGUCGACAAACAGCAGUCUGCCAUUGGCAAUCCAGUCGGCCCGGACACAAACCAGCCACUGCAUAGGAACAAUAAUGGUUGUCACGGUGAUGUCAAGCACGUCAGCGAAGAAAUCGACAAGGAGUUGUUCUCCAAGGAAAGGACUCCUCUGGCAAAACCAGCCCAGGAAGACACUUACCACAUCUCGCGAGCUGCAAAACAAAACUCGAGUUUGAGUAACAAUGCGGAGGAGAGAAGGCCUGAAUUGCCACGCAGCAAGACGAGGAUUCUGAAGUGCUCGACGGAUAACUUGGAGAUCCCCACUGUCGAUGACAGUCUGGAGAUCUAUGCAACUCCGAGGGUGUCGGAAAAAUCUCCGCUGCAACGGUCGCAGGAGGAAACAGGAAAAGAUCGAUUUGAAUCUGGUCGCAAAACUGUGGUCUUAAAGGGGAGAUCUGACGGUAACAAGAACAGCCCAGCAUCCCAGUCAGAGGGGUUGGAUCAGAGCCUGGAAGAGCCAUCCAUGAUGGAACAGCUGCAGAGCAUAACAGGAAGCAAAGAGAGGCCCAAGUGGCUCCGCCCAUCUUGUGAUAGGCAGGCUAAUGGCACUCAGUCGAAGAAAGCAUUGAAGAAGCCACCGUGGUUGAGUAAUUUUAAUGAUGAAAAUACUACAGCAGACCCCGAACCAAGCAGUGACCUCAUCCAUGCAGGAGAAGACGAGAAGGAAGACGAUGCAGCCAGGUUGCUAGCGGACGAGCAUGAGGACACAAGGUGGAGGCAGCGGGACGUCUCAAUCGGAGACAGUGACGAUUUGGAGGAGGAGCCUGUUGGCAGUAGGAGGCGGGCCCAGUGGCGGGCCCAGAGAGAGCUGAGCUUGGAAGAGUCCUGGUCCUCGCUGAACCUCUUCAACAAAUCCCAGAUGGGACGGAUCUCCGCCAACGUCAACACCGACGUCGCCGGUGAUUCACUUGAUGAAUACCUGACUGGACGAAAGUUGGCACAGCUGGAAGAAGCUAAAGAUGAUAGCAGUGAUGAGUUCGAGAUUCCCUUGUUACCGAUGGGACAGAGACUAACCAUCAACAUCCGCACGACGUGGGGUGACAAACAUUACAUUGGUCUCAACGGAAUUGAGAUCUUCAAGAGUGACGGGGAACCAGUCAAUAUAGUUGAGAUCUCAGCUGACCCCAGUGACAUCAACAUCUUACCCGACUACGGCAACGACCCUCGUGUGGUAUCCAACCUCAUCGAUGGUGUGAACCGCACUAGGGAUGACACCCACAUGUGGUUGGCUCCCUAUACGCCAGGCACCAACCACUUCAUACAAGUGGUGUUCGAGUCGCCAGCCAAAGUGGCUAUGAUAAGAAUAUGGAACUACAACAAGUCUCGAAUUCACUCUUUCCGAGGAGCCAGAGAUAUUGAAAUCUCAUUGGACGGCCAGUAUAUCUUCAAAGGAGAGAUUGAAAGGGCCUCGGGCAUAGCCGAAGGAGAAACGGGCAGUUUUGGUGAUACCAUCUUAUUUACUGAGGAUGAAGACAUUCUAGAGUUAAUCUCCAGACACGAUGAGGCAUACGCUGCUGAGGAGGAUUGGUUCAGCUCAAGUCAAGAUGAGGACACGACGCCGAGGCCCAAGACGGCCGACCAAGGAGAGGAGCGACCUAUGACCCAGGCUCGGAUGUUCCGCGACAAGAAGGCGGUCAGGGAAAUCAAGGCCGAUGAUGAACCCACAGUGGGUGGGGCAGAGUACCACCAGCAGCAUCCUGGAUUCUUCCCCGGGGACGAGGACAUAGAGGGUGAUACACAAACCCUUACACCACAACUCACCGGGCCGUUCACUAGAGCUGACAGCGAUGAGGAUGUGGUAUUCACUUGUAGAUAUCUGAAACUGAAUUUCACCUCCACCUGGGGUGACAUCCACUACCUGGGCCUGACUGGCUUGGACAUUCUAGAUCCAGAGGGGGAUGCGAUCCCGGUCACUAUGGCAAUGAUGGAUGCUAAGCCCAGGGACUUGAAUCAUCUCCCUGGAUACGGAAGGGACGACCGCACAUUAGACAAGUUAAUCGACAAUGCCAAUGUCACUACCAGUGAUGAGCACAUGUGGCUGAUACCAUUCACCGAGGGGGAGGAUCAUAUCAUCACCAUAGAUUUUGGCCAGGAGGUGCAGACAUCAGGACUGAGAAUAUGGAACUAUAAUAAGACACCGGAGGACACCUACAGAGGAGCUAAGAUAGUGCAUGUCUACAUGGACAGCAAAAGGAUCUCACCAAGCGAGGGCUACCUGAUCAGGAAGGGGCCGGGAUACUGCCAUUUUGACUUUGCUCAGGAGAUCAGCUUCAGCGAUUACAAGUCGACACCUCUACUCAACCAGCAAGCCAUGCAAGCAAAGCCAGUGCCAGAGGCCCUGAGGCAAAGUCUGGUUGCAAUGGAGGAGCCCAGUCAGGAGUACGUACCCAUGCACAUGCCUUGUGGAUUUGUUUUCCAGUUGCAGCUGAUCUCAACCUGGGGUGAUCCUUACUAUAUUGGCCUGAAUGGACUGGAGUUCUAUGAUGCCAAUGGAGACAAGAUUGUUCUGACAGAGACCAAUGUAGCAGCGUAUCCUUCAAGUGUUAAUGUCCUAGAAGAUGUGACUGAUGACAUCCGUACUCCGGACAAACUCGUCGACGGCAUCAAUGAUACGUCAGACGGUAGUCACAUGUGGCUGGCACCCAUACUUCCUCAUGUGAUCAACAGAGUGUAUGUCAUCUUUGACCAACCCGUGGCUGUCUCCAUGAUUAAAGUCUGGAACUACAGUAAAACACCUCCGAGGGGUGUCAAGGAGUUUGGGCUUCUGGUCGACGACCUUCUGGUCUACAAUGGCAUCCUGGGUCAGGUCACGGCAGGAGCUCGGGGCAUCCUGCCGACCCUUGACCUCCCCACACCUUACCACACCAUCCUCUUCACAGAGAAUGAGCAACUCCGGCACAAGGAGCGGCACACCAUCAUCCGUAACAGUCCCCAUGACCAGGACGUUAAGAUGACCAAUGAUUACACAGUGAUGGCCAGCCAUAGCCAUUCCAAGAAGCAAACCAACCGGCCGGCAGACCCAGCUUUGCGGCCCAAAACCAGCGUGCACGGCCACGGUGGGACGUCAACAAGAAGAAGGUAGCAGAGGUGGAAGGCUGAGGUUAACAUGGGGCUGAGGAGGGGUGAUUUCACCUCAGAAAUGAGACAGGGUUUAGUUCAAAUACUGCUCCAGAAACCUGGUACUGGCCUUGAUAGCAAAGCUUGCUCCUUGCACACCGUGGUAUCUGAUGGUUAUUUCUGAGUCUGUGUACUUGUUACUGCCUAGAAAUCUUUGUACAGUGCUUACUAUCCAAUGUAUUCAGCAGCUGACCCGUGCAAAUUUGAUAUUUGUCAUAAAUUUUAGUCACAUAAUCCCCAUCAGGAGAGUGCCGUUGAAUAUUUGAACGGUAAUUCAAGUGAGAUGGGAAAUGUGUCAUGCCUGGUAUUUGAUGAAUCAGAGACAUUAUUAUGUAACUCUUCAGUAAAUUAUUUGAGGCUGAUAACGUCACAGGAAAUCAUACGAAAACAAUGUAAACACUUUUUCGCUCUCCAAACAGCGAUUCUCCGAUUUUGUAUUCAUAUUCCUGCUGAGUAUUGUAUAUUGUUCUUGUAUAUAAUUGUAGAUAUAUACUGUGCACAUAGUUAUAAAUUGAAUGAAUUGAAAUCAAAACUCAGUAUUUAUAUUAAAUUAUACCCUUGUGGAUGUUAUGUUUAGAAGUUUUUUGGGCGGAGAGAUAUUUGUGUAUCAUUUUUUAAAUUGGACAGAUGGAGUAGAGAGAGUAGUCAGAAGGGAGAGGGGUUCAGAAACCAGACUUACUUGUACGAGUACUAUUCGCCUGAUUUGUACUGUGUGUUUGAGUGUGUACUACCAGAAAUGACUUUCAAGAAUUUUUAAUGAGUUGUUGACAAGUUGCUUCUUUUCACUGGAUUACAUCCUGUGAAUGUUCGCGAUUGAAACGUUUUUUACUGGAUGUUGCCAGAGCAGAAAUUGAAUAGGCCUCAUAGAAUACAAAAAAUUGGAGGAGCCAGAACUGUGCAGUGCCGUGUCUACAUUCCUGAUGCAUGUCAGGGACACGGCAAGUUUGAUAACAACACAUUUUGUGCCUUUACAGUUUCCAAUUACACUGAGAGGAAUUUUUUUUCUGUCAAGGUCCACUUUCACAGAGCGCUCACCCAAAUUUGCUGAGAAAAAAAAAGAAAUUGCUGAUGUGAAACAGUUGGUAAGCCAAAAUGUCAUGUAUUUUGCCUGUGACUGAUUUUGAGAAGAAUUUUGAGAAGACUAGAAAUUUGCCAAUCAGUGUUUGCAAGCAGCUUCCUGGAAGUAGCAUCCAGCCAAAGGUCUGAUUUCAGGAAGCUGCUUGGUAGCUAAACAUUGCCACUCAAGUAUUACUGCACAGUACGAGGCAAAAAAAUUGGUCUAGAACUGGUUAUGCGCAGUCAAUAAUGACGAAAGUUGCACAGGAAACCUGUUCUUUGAUAAGCUCAGUUUCUGGUAGAAUGUGUGUAUUCAGUAGCUGAACAGACUGGCCAACUGUCACUACUUACACAUCCCUACUGCCAAAGAGUGAGCCUGCCCUCUCAGAAAGCUUGAAUAUUUUGAAAUACUACAUUUGGGUGAAAUCAUUGAAAUGUUUGUGCGGCAGUGAAUAUAAUUGAAUUAAAUUGGGUAUGUUUAUGUUAAUAGUUGAAAUGUAAAAAGAAAUAGCUUAGCCAAAAUGUAUUGGGGUAAUUCCAGAAAUUAGGGGUUAUUUUUUUUUGUAUCCCUGUCGUAUCUGAUGUACGAUUUUGUAAGUUCAAAAC